CACGUGUUCAACCAUGAAUGUGAUGGAGCCACGCGGGAUGAGGAAGCUUUGGGGAUCGAUCUUUGGUAAACGCGUGACUGCGACUCCCAACUUUUAGGGGGCUUUAAUGGGGAGAAAUAAAAAGGACUAAAAAAGAAAGAUACGUGUUGUCAUCGCCCCAAGUCCCCACCUCGGCCAUCGACCUCACGUUUUCUUCUUUCUCUCCAGCGAACAGGGGAACGGAGAGCCCACAGUCUUCCCCACCACCAAGGCGGAGCACAAUGGCGACCUACGGCGGCGUCCUCCGGCGCUCCGCGGCCGUCGUGGAGCGCGCCCGCGACAGCGUUCGCUUGACCCGCAAGGCCCUCGCCCGCUUCGCCCGCCCACAGUCCUUCGCGGCCCCGCCCCACGCCGAGGCCGCCGCCGUCCGAGCCGUCCGCAACCUCCGCUCCUUCCGCCUCCACUACGCCCUCCUCCUCUGGGUCCUCCUCCUCGCCUCCCUCUUCCCCCGCCACCGCGCCACCAUGCUCUUCCUCAUGGCCGCAUCCAAGCUCGCUCUCCUCUACGGCGCCCUCCUCAAGGCCUUCCCCAAUUCCGCCCUCCUCCGCCGGAUCUUGGACCGCAGGAUAUCCGCCGCGCUCGCGCUGACCGUGAUCUGCGCCGAGCUCGUGAUGACGGGGGCCGUGCCGCAGUUCCUGCUCGCCAUGGGCAUCGGCGUGCCGCUCGUGCUGUUCCACGCCCUGUUCCGCGUGCGGGACGAUCUGACGGCCAGCGGCGAGGAGACGGCUGCCGGAACCGGUGGCGAUCCGAGGCCGAUCUCGGAGAAGAAGGGAGAUCUCGAAAUGGGAUCUCGGUAACAAUAUCCUUUAUGUUUUUGUACUCUUUUAACUCUUUUUAUCCUUUCCCUUUUCUUAAUUAAUCUCAUUCUACUUCUACUUUCUUCAAUUCAUCGAUCUCUUUUCAUCUUACUAAAUGGAACUCGCGAUGUAUACUGAUCGGAGGAAAUGUAGCAAUUGGAGAUGGGUUGUGAUCAUGAGAACGAGUGUGCAGAUUGCUUUGUGAUGUAAUUUUUGGUAGGAUCGCUGGACAUGCAUAUUGCUCUGCAUUGUCUGCAGAGCAAAAGCUGGUGCUUGUUUUGCUGAUUCACCACCUGCCAGUUUGAUAGUAAUGAAAGAAAAAGUCUUUUAUUCUAAU